AUGGAAGAGACUAAAAACGUUUAUAUUGGUAACAUACCAUUUGAUCAUACCGAGGAACAAGUUUUAGAAAUAGCAAAAUCGGUUGGUCCUGUGAUAGACUUGAAAUUACUUUUUGACCCAAUGACUGGAAAGUCCAGAGGAUAUGCAUUUAUUAAGUACGGCGACCAUGAAACAGCUGCAUCUGCCGUAAGAAACUUGAACAACAUGGCCAUUGGAAAUAGAAAUAUAAAGUGCUCUUUUUCAAAUGAUAAUUCUGCAUUCCCCGAUAGCAGUAAUGGAAGUGCAGACAAAUUACCUGCCUUGCCAUUAGGGAUUCAAUUAUUUAAUAAUCAGACUAUACCUCAAGCCAUAUCCAAUGCAUUAUCAGGUCUUGAUCAGCGCUCUGCAUACCAGCUUAUAAAGGAAGCAAAGCAAAUGAGUGAAGAGAAUCCUGUCUUGAUGAAAAAGUUACUAGACCAAUUUCCACAAUUAGCCCAUGCAUUAGUAGAAACCAGUUUAUUGUUGAAUUUCACUACUCCGGAAAUAGUGAAAUUAUGUGUCAACUCGAAGCAAUCAGAACUAGAAAGUUUGACGCUUGACCAUGUUCAAUUAUUGAAACAAGUUUCUCAGUUGUCUGACCUUGAAAUCGAUACUUUAACAAAAGAUCAGAAGAAUAUCAUAAUCAAAAUGAAAUCAGAAAUAGCCAACGGCUCGUAUGGCGUAAUCUAA